UCAUAUCAUAUUAUUUCGCGCCUUCCAGUGAUCAAGAUCAAGUAACGAACAGUACCGAUACGGACCAGAGGCAACCUUAGCCACAGAUUUUCGUUGACAAAAUCCUUUGUGAAGUGUUAGAUAAUCGAGUUGGAAAAUUAAUUCAGCAUGAAAUUCGUAAUCGUGCUUGUUGCUGCCAUUGCGACCGUGUCGGCUCAAAUUCGCCCUAUUCCGGGUCCAAUCAGGCCGGUACCCUACGGAGGCCCUGAAGCUAGUGCUGUUAUUCUGAAUCAAGUGUACGAGCCAAAUCCCGAUGGCUCAUACAUUUACAGUUAUGAAACCAGCAACGGAAUUCGCGCAGAACAACGAGGUUUCUUGAAGAAUCCGGGAACACCCGCCGAAGCACAGGUCAUGCAGGGAUCGUAUUCGUAUACCGGACCGGAUGGAGUGGUCUACACCAUCAGCUACAUCGCCGAUGAGAAUGGGUAUCGUGCGGAAGGAGCCCACAUUCCAUCUGCACCGCGGUACAACCCACGCUUCCCAGGACCUUUCCAGUAAAAUGGGAACAACAAGGACCAGUCGUCUGCCAGUUACCUUAGUAUUUAUUUCAAUGAUCAUCUUAACCAGUCGAACUUACUUUGUUCACUUCCCUUCACUGCUUAUGUUGUAAAUGUUUCCUCUAGCGCAUGACUUCUAAGCUCACAUCUGUGAAUCAUACCCCUCAUGUAUAGGCCUGUGAAUAGUAUAUAGUGCUGUGAAUAUCAAUGCUAUUCUAUCUGGAAGUAAUAUUUUAGUAAUUUUUCCGCUUCUGAGUGUGGGAAAGAGCUUACCAAUACUGCACCCCUUCCGGCGUGAGCAAAGACAAAGUUGUGAAUCUAUCACUUCAAGCACAUUUCAAACCACAGCCCUUCUAGGUAGAGUAACUGUGCUUAUUCGUGUCCGAGCCUCUACGUUUACUCUACCUAACGGAGAGAAUUUAAGUACGAUCAUUAUUCUAAUUGUUUCAAACUCCUAUUGAUACACUAUGUAUUAAACCCACAUACCACUCAAUACUCCUCUCGUUUUAUGUACAGUAAAUAAUAAUGAUAAUAGCAACGCAAUCGUAAACUAAAUUGUAAUUAUACUCAUUAAAAGUAAUUAUACAAACUAUUCAACGAAGCGUGUACAACAGAUAUGUCAAUUUUUGUAAUUUGUAUAUGAAAAGUGUAAUAAAAAAUCUUGCAAUCGCCCAAUAAGAAGAGGCACCAUUCAUAAAAA